AUGAGCUGCUAAAUAGCGCUCAUCCAUCCCCUCUGCUGCUCUCAAUAGGUAGCAAUGGCGCACGUGCUUUCCCUCCAUCUUUAUCUCUCUGCAGAUGCCAGUAAAACUUCUCCUCCUAUGCCGCUCAAGUUUUCCAAGAGAACCAACAAACACAACAAAUCGAUUUCUGCUCCUAGAAAACGCCCUCCCAGUCCCUUGCGCAGAACCCAGAAAUUGAAUUUGGAGGUCUCCCCUCAUAGAGCUGUUUCUGCAGUAAGAUUGAUGAGAAUAGAGAUGGGUGGUGCAUUUGCUGAUCUCUUGAAUGAGAAAGGGAAAGGUUCUGGUGAUAAUGAGAUGGGGUAUGUUGAAAGAACUCUGGGGUUUCGAACCAAGGAUUUGGAUGAUCGUGAUCUUAGAUUGGUCACAGAUAUUGUUGGAGGCACCAUUCGUUGGAGGAGAUACCUUGAUCAUUUAAUUUGUUCAUUAUGCCAUGAUGAGAGAAAAUUUAGGAGCAUGGAACCUCUUCUCUUGCAGAUUAUCCGAAUUGGUUUUUAUGAGAUUGUCAAGCUAGACAUGCCACCAUAUGCCGUUGUUGAUGAGAACGUGAGACUUGCAAAAGUUGCCCUUAGACCUGGUGCUGGUAACAUGGUCAAUGGGAUCCUGCGGAAGCUAGUGUUGCUUAAGGAGACUAACUCACUCCCUCUACCAAUAUUGGAAGGUGAUGAUCGUGCACAAGCACGUGCCCUUGCUACUCUUUAUUCUCAUCCUGUGUGGAUGGUAAGGCGUUGGACAAAGUAUCUUGGGCAAGAAGAAGCGAUUAGGUUGAUGCAGUGGAACAACGGUGAACCGAGUUUCAAUUUGAGGGCAAACAGUGGGAAGGGAGUGACUAGAGAUGACCUUGUAAUGCAGCUUAAUUUGUUGAAGGUUCCUCAUGAGCUUUCUUUGCAUUUGGAUCAUUUUGUCCGCAUCAAAAAAGGAAUGCAGAUCGUUAUACAAGCUGAAUUGCUGAAACAAGGCCUCUGUUCAGUUCAGGAUGAGAGUGCAGGUCUUGUAGUUUCUGUUGUGAAUCCUCAACCUGGUGAAAGCAUUAUUGAUUGUUGUGCUGCUCCUGGAGGAAAGACGCUUUACAUGGCAUCUCUAAUGGAUGGCCAAGGUAUGGUAUAUGCAAUUGAUAUAAACAAGGGCCGGUUGAGAAUCCUUCGAGAGACAGCCAAGUUACACCAAGUUGAUACUGUCAUUACCACCAUCCCUGCUGAUCUUCGUGUCUUUGCUGAAACUUAUCCAAUGAAGUCUGACAAGGUUUUGUUGGAUGCUCCUUGUUCUGGGCUUGGUGUUCUCUCCAAGAGAGCGGACUUGCGUUGGAAUAGAAGUUUGGAGGAUUUGGAAGAACUGAAAAUUUUGCAGGAUGAGCUCUUGAAUGCAGCUUCCAAACUGGUAAAGCCUGGUGGAAUUUUAGUAUACAGUACCUGUUCCGUAGAUCCCGAAGAAAAUGAAGAUAGGGUGGAUGCAUUUCUUCUCAGGCAUCCUGAAUUUCAAAUAGAUCCUGUUGAUGCAUAUGUGCCACCUGAUUUUGUGACGGAGCGUGGUUUUUAUUUCUCUUACCCAGUAAAACAUUCAAUUGAUGGAGCCUUUGCUGCUCGUCUGGUUAAGACCUAAUGAAGGAGUAUACACAUAUUUCUCUUGAAAGCCAAUGCUAUGCUUCCUGUGAUCACUCUAUGAUGGCUAGAAGCGUUUUCAGAUCUCUAAUCUUUUGCCAAAUAUGCUGAAGAAAGCAAAUUCAGUGAUCUUUUAGCCCCUCAAAAUUGGGAUCUCCCCCAUAAAGCAAGUUGUACCUGCUUCAGUUGAAUUGUUAAGUGAAUUUCUCACUAGGCAUUAUUAAAUAGGAAACUUGAGAAGUUAAACAGGCAAAUAAGUCUUAUGAUGGAUGCUCAACUAAAAAUUCUUGUCGGAAAUUGUGUUGGACUUCACUUUCAGAUUUUGGGGCAAAAGCGUUAUCAUGGACAGAUAUGUACAAUAUUCCUAUCUUAUCCUCAGGUGAUUAUUUUCUUCGGAUGCUUUCAUCCCUUUUUCUGUAUGACAAAAAAUUUCCUUCAUGUUUGACAGGUUUAUUAUCAAGCACAGAAUAACCUAGCUUAACUGGGUUGCGAUCAAUUGCAAUGUAAAUUGCCAAUGGAGGUCCGGUUGUGGAGCACCAUUCAUGAUUCAUUCUUGCUCUGAAAUCUAUCAGAUAACACAUUAUGCAGUGGUCUUCUGCUUAUUGCUUGGCGUUUCGGUUGUGCACUGUGAAGCAUAUCAUAGAAUACUAUAUAGUUUUUGGUUUGGUCUAUGUGAUUCAUUAAAUAUGAUCUGAAACAAACAAUUCUUCCCCCUUCACCACAAAGUUAUGUCUCUUCUGAGAUCCUACUACUUUAUGCCCAUGUUGUACCUUGUACAGUACAGCUAUCUUCUAGUCAAAAUGCAUGCUAAGCUGCUAAAGAAAAAAUAAAAUAAAAUAAAACAACGGUUACUUUCUUAGCUA